CCAUCGUCUCGUCCCCGCCUGCCAUUCGCGAGCAUCCAAAGCUGUAGUUGCUGCAAAGCUCUCGCAAAAUCCUACUCCCACCGCCGACUCGAACAGUCGAACCUCGGCUCCCCUCCUCCCCAAUCCGUCAUCUUCCUUCUACACUUGUUUCUGCGGGAGCGGGAGAGAAGGCACCAGGGAGGCCGCCCCCGUCACCCAUAGCCAAAGUCACGCGCCACCAAACUUUGUUCUCUCACCCAGUCGCUUUCGCGUUCAGCGCGAGCCGAGCCCAGCCGGUGGGUCGGUCGCUGAAGGCGGAGCCAUAAAGGCGUCGGCGACGGCAGGAUGAUGAGCGGCAGAUCGGGCGGCAGGGACGGCGAGGCGGCCGGCCCCGUCAUCAGGAUCAGGGUUUCCCACGGAGCCACCUUCCGCGAGGUCGUCGUGCCGGCGCAGGCUACCUUCGGUGAGUUGAAGAGGAUCCUUGUUCAGACUACUGGCUUGGAGCCUGAGAGGCAGAGGCUCUUCUUCCGUGGGAAGGAGAAGAGUGACAGAGAGUUCCUCCACGCGGCAGGUGUUAAGGAUGGCGCGAAGUUGCUUCUGCUUGAGAAGCCUUCCCCUGCCAACAUAGAGCAGAAGGUUGAGCCUGUGAUUAUGGAUGAGAGCGUGAUGAAGGCAUGUGAGGCUGUUGCUCGUGUUAGAGCUGAAGUUGAUAGGCUGUCUGCUAAGGUGUGUGACUUGGAGAAGAAUGUGCUUGCAGGGAGAAAAGUUGAUGAUAAAGAAUUUGUCGUCUUGACGGAACUGCUUAUGAUACAGCUGCUGAAACUCGAUGGCAUCGAAGCUGAAGGAGAAGCAAGGGCACAGAGGAAGGCUGAGGUCCGCCGAGUCCAGUCCCUUGUGGAGACCUUGGAUAAGCUGAAGGCAAGAAAUGCGAACCCUUUCAGCGAUCAUAACAACGCUGUUUCAGUGACGACGCAGUGGGAGACGUUUGAGAACGGUAUGGGCAGCUUCAGCGCUCCCCCGCCCCACGUUCCUUCAGAGCAAGUUAACACUGACUGGGAGCAGUUCGACUAGGCUCAGCUGAAGCUGUUGAUGUAUCGUGAGAUCGGUAUGGGCAUUCCUUUUCCCAGGCAGCGAGGUGUUUUGUGUAUAUGCACCGCGUUUGGUGCCUUUGGUGUCCUAACUGCCUGUGAAUGUUACCAGAUCAUACCAUACUACCAUGUGAAUUGCAUUGCACCGCUCAACGCUCAUUGAGGGCCAUGUUUCGAUAUGCUCCUGCCAAUGCCAUUCGCAUGAUAUUUAUUGGCUAGGUUCAGCAAGGUUGGUGGUAACGGCCCUGGCCAGAUCCCUUUACAGCAGUAGCUCAUCCGUGAAUGCAAUUGAAUCAGUCAUGUACACGUUGACGCUGUAGCUGUUCCGAAAGUCCUGUACAGCACUAGCUCAUCGGCGAAUGCAUCUGUACCAUGUACACGCUGACGCUGUAGCUGCAUUUGUAGUGCCCCUUUGUAAUGCAGGAAUUUAAGAG